AUGGCUGACAAAACCCUGAGGAAGAAGAGGAAUUUGUUUAUCCAUUCAGUGGGUGAGGGUACAAUAAAUGCCUUGCUGGAUGACCUAUUAGAGGAUGGAGUAAUUAGCCAAGAGGAGAUGUACAAAGUGAGAUAUGAAAAUUCCACAGUCAUGGAUAAGGCUCGAGUCUUGAUUGACUUCGUUAUUGGGAAAGGACCCCGAGCUUCCCAAAAAUUUAUCAAGCAUCUCUGUGAAGAAGACCCUGAACUUGCAUGGAAGUUGUGUUUGCACUUAGCAUGUGUUGUAGCAAAGGAUGGAGUUUCAGGAACUAAGACAAAACAUUCACUGGAUUUUUCAGGUUUGUGCACUUAUGAUGACAUCUUUAUAAAGCCAAAAUAA